UCUCGUCGGCCGCCGGCUCGUCCGACAACCACGCGCGCUGCUCUGUUUUCUCUCCCUCUUUCUCUAUCUCUCUCUCUUUCUCUGUUUUUUCAACUUUCUCUCUCUCUCUCUCUCUCUCUCUCUCUGUCUUUCUCUUCCUCCCGUCCUCGUUCACCCCUCCCGAUCCCGGUCUCGCGGUACAUCCGGAUUUUUUCCCUGUUUGGCGAGCCGUGCGGCAUUCGCGCGAGGGUGACCGACCCCGUCGCGUCGAGCAGUGGAGUUAUGUUACCGCGCGACUCGCCGCCGCCGCGCCGUGACGUUCCGUGUGCACCUUAAAUUCGACCGGGUUAACUGCCGGGCGAAGAACCGCACCGCGAGGGGUGGCAGAGCAGGCAGAGCAGGCGGAGGCGAUGCAACGCGGCGCGGGGAUGAACGUGCGGGCUGCGUGCUGCCGUCGCCCUGGCGCGAGGGGACGUUAAGGGGAUGGCGACGUAAAGUAGCGGCGGAUUACUAGCCGGCACGAGAUGAACACGAACGGGAACGCGGUUGCGCAGGAAGAUGGUGCCGGUACCGAUUACGGCGGUAACGAGGAGACGGCGGCGCUGCUCGGCAGGCCGCCGCCGCCGCCGGUCGUGGUGGCCGCGGCGUCUCAGGGCAAGCCGGUGCUGACGCGACAGGAUCGGGCAACCUUCCUGGUCGCCUCGCCGCAACUGUCCGUGUCCGGGCUCGGCGGCUCCGAGGAGAGCGGCACCAACGAGGACCCGGCGACCAGAUCGGUACCGGACAUCGAGCUUCACUGCCGGCUGGACGGCGAGCCGCAGCCGUCGCCGCCGCCGCCGCCCCCGCCGCAGAUUCAGCAACCGAUUCAGCCCCAGCAGCAACAGUCGCAGCUACAGGCGUUGUCGGCGUCCUACGGCAGUCGCUCCUCCAGGCAGUCGCAUCAGUACAGGUGUAGGUGCGACCGAAGGGACUCUCUCGCGCCCACCUCUGCCCUUCACUUGGCCCGCAGUGUCUCCAGGGAGAGCGUGAAGAGCGGCCACCAUUGCUGCCCGUGUCAGGCGCCGCCGCCGCCGGUGCUGGUCACCACGUCGCCCAACGCGCGCAUAAUACGGCAGAGCUCGCAGCCGGAGGCGUCCGCGUGUUGCUGCUCCGGCUGUUGCUGCCCGUUGCACACCGGCGCGGCGCCGAGCGCCGCCUCGCUGCGGCAGCUACGCGAGCCAGGUGACGGGAUCGCCGGCAUCGCCGCCGACUCGCUGCGGAUCAAUGGCGGCAUCCGACAAUUCCGCCAGCUGCGGAAGCCAGUGUCGACUCUCUCGAUCCCGGGAGCGAUGAAGAACAGCGGCGGGGUGGCCGGCGGGGGCGGCGCGGGGGGAGCGGCCGGGGUGGCCGCCGGAUGCGGUAGCGCCGGGGGUGCCGGUGCCGGCGAGGACGCCGGCAUCGCCCUCGUGGGUGUCCACACCGAGUAUCCCCGUUACAUGGACGAGCGCAUGCUGGGCGGCGGCGGCUCCCUCAAGGGCCAGUCCGGCGGCGGCAGCAUCGGGCCCGGAUCCAAGCACAAGCCCAACGUCGGCUACCGGCUGGGCAGGCGGAAGGCCCUGUUCGAGAAGCGCAAGCGCAUCAGCGACUACGCCCUCGUGAUGGGCAUGUUCGGCAUCAUCGUCAUGGUCAUCGAGAACGAGCUGUCCAGCGCCGGCGUUUACAGCAAGGCCUCGUUUUACUCGACAGCACUGAAAACCCUGAUCUCUGUGUCUACUGUGAUACUGAUUGGCCUCAUAUUUGCUUACCAUGCCUUAGAAGUUCAGUUGUUCAUGAUCGAUAACUGCGCGGACGACUGGCGGAUCGCGAUGACCUGGCAGCGGAUCGCGCAGAUCUCGGUGGAGCUGACGAUCUGCGCGAUUCACCCGAUUCCGGGCGAGUACUACUUCCUGUGGACGACCAAGCUGGCAAACAAGAACGGCGACAUCGGCUCCAAGUGGGUGCCGUACGACGUCACCCUCUCGUUGCCCAUGUUCCUCAGGCUCUACCUCAUCUGUCGUGUGAUGCUGCUACACUCGAAGCUCUUCACGGACGCGUCGUCGCGUAGCAUAGGGGCCUUGAAUCGCAUCAACUUUAACACCAGGUUCGUCCUCAAGACUCUGAUGACCAUCUGCCCUGGCACGGUGCUGCUGGUCUUCAUGGUCUCUCUAUGGAUCAUCGCCUCGUGGACGUUGCGACAGUGCGAAAGGUUCCACGACGAGGAACACGCAAAUCUCCUCAACGCCAUGUGGCUCAUCGCCAUCACUUUCCUGAGCGUCGGCUUCGGUGACAUUGUGCCCAACACGUACUGCGGUCGAGGUAUAGCCGUCUCCACCGGGAUGAUGGGCGCCGGGUGCACUGCUUUGCUGGUGGCAGUCGUCUCCAGGAAGCUCGAACUUACGCGGGCGGAGAAGCACGUGCACAACUUUAUGAUGGACACGCAAUUGACAAAAAGGUUGAAGAACGCCGCGGCGAACGUGUUGCGGGAAACGUGGCUGAUCUACAAGCACACCCGUUUGGUGAAACGCGUCAAUCCUGGACGCGUGCGGACCCAUCAGCGGAAAUUCCUCUUAGCCAUAUAUGCACUCAGAAAGGUGAAAAUGGAUCAGCGCAAAUUGAUGGACAACGCCAACACUAUAACGGACAUGGCCAAGACGCAAAACACCGUCUACGAGAUCGUCUCGGACAUGAGUACGCGGCAGGACGCGGUGGAAGAGCGUCUAGUGGGUCUGGAGGACCGUCUGGUCGGCCUAGAGGAGAAGCUGACCUCGCUGCAGGGUCAGCUGGAGCUGCUGCCGGAGGAGCUGACCCGCUGUCUGGCUCAGCACGCGGAGCGGAUGGAGCAACGGCGUAAUUUCCUCCAUCCGGAUACCGCGGUAGCCAUGGCAGCUUCCGGCGGCGGUGGCGGCGGCGGAGGAGGAACCAUCUCGUCGGGCACGAGCCUGGGCGUUUCCGGCGGUGGCGGUGCAUCCGUUGCCGCUCACCACCCUCUCGCCAGCCUCUCCAACUCCCCUCUCCUGCCGCACUCGCGCAGCGUGCCCAGCGCACCCAGCACCAUGUCCCUGCACCCGUGGCCGGUCAGCCCGGUCCUACCGCCGGUCUCCAGCCGGACGCCUCACCUGGUGCCGGAGACUGGCAGGCAUCACGGCCUCAGUCACUCCGCCACGGUGACCACCACGACCUCGCAGUCGGCCACCAGACUCACCUCCCAGGCCGGCAUGGGCGGGUUAGGCAACAGCCAAGGCUCGGACACGUCGGCGCACAGCUGAGUCUCGUCUCUGCAGCCGCAGCAUUCGUACUAAAAGGCCCGAGACGCCGGUUUCCGCGUAAUCGCAGACCGCGGCCGUGCCGCGACACUAAUCGGUGAUCACCGACAUAUUAUAUAGUCGACGUAUAGUACUGCCGGGGUAUAUCAAAUUGUACGUUACGGUUGUACGUAGGUCGGCCGGAGGUUCGCACAAAUAAAUAUGAAACAAAUUCCCGUCUAGAGCAAUGUCUCCUCACUUCUACGUUGGCUGUAUCCAAUUGUCGUAUCGCGAUGAUUCGCAUGAAUUUACCGAUGUCUCCGCUGGAAAAUAAUUCCUUCAGUUUCACGAUUUGUUUUUUAGCGCAAAAGUAUAAUCGUCGGAUGCCGCGUGGAUCACAAAGAGACGCUGUUCUAAGCGAGAACGGUGACUAGAUUGAUCAAACACGGCCGUCUGUUUUUCGUGCGAAACUCGUCUAAGGAUGGGCCUUGUUGCGUCCCGCGCGCACCUUCGGGUCUCUCCUCGAGAAGUUGUGCUUUCGUUGAAAUGCAAGAUGCACGGGAUUCGAAAGAAUUCAGAAAUUGCGGCAUACGUAACGACUGUCUGUGAAACGUUGUAUGCGUUAUGUUUCAUCUUUUUGCUCUCACCAUAUUCCUGAAGUAUUUAUGCGCGAGAGGAAUCGACUUUCUACAUCCAUUUAAUCGCCUACUUUCGUCAAUCUUCUCGAUUCCUUCCAAUCCUCAUAAUUCUUAGCUAGUCAAUUUUGACACAAGUACGCAAUUAAAAGGGAUCUGGAUUUCUUUUACAAGACACAGUCGUGCGCGAUCGAGAGAAUUAAACAUUGGCAAACACUUUAUAGAAUAAAUAAUCGAAUCGAUCGAUCUCGAUCGAUUUCAGACGGACACGGAGGAGAGGAACUCUCAAGGUACGCGCGGCUUCUUCCACUAGCUGCGCGCUGCUCCCCUGCCCAACUUGCGUGCCUGAAUAACUGUUUUCUUAAUAAUUAAAUGUACAUUUUCGACAUACACACAAACACACACACACACACACGCACACACAUACAUACAUACAGAAAACUCUCCACCUUGUAUCUCUGUAUACCUUGUGAAGAGAGCGAACAGGCAUGACGUGUGUGUACAGGAAGCGUAUGCGGACAAGGACUAGCCCGGAGGUAAACCAAACUGGCUCUUAAAGCCUUUUGCGCGUGGUUAAGGUAAACCAUCCCUUUCCCUUCCUCAUGGAAAGCGCGCUACAAAAGGACUGUUAUAUUCGUAUCUCAUACGUCGCACUCAAAGUCUAGGAUCUCGCCGAUCCCAAUGCUCGAGGUAAAGUAUAAAAUGACCUAUAUAUAUAAUGAAUCGUUCGUAUGUGCAUUCUCUGAAUGAGAGCGGCUAUAAAAGCGCAGAACUUGCAUUUUCUAACACGUUCGGAUAUAACUGAGAAUCCAUAUUUUUUCCGUGUAAAUCUAAUAUAUUACAAGUGUUACAGAUGUUUCAAACGUAAAAGACUCGGGAUUACGUUUAACGCUAGACGUGCAAUUACUCCGAUAGGGUUGAAUCGACAACAAAAUUGCAAAAAUUUUUUUUCUCAUCAGGCGCGUAAAAGGACGCUUUAAGGGCCGGCGCAAACCUGACGGGUGUCCAGGAAAUAACAAAUAGAGAGAGAAUGCAAAGUGAUCUUAUCCGCUUUAACGUCCGUAGGUUACGUAGGAUAUUAUAUUGUUAGGUGUAAUACUCUUGUACUCUCUAUGGCGCACGGGUACAAAAAGCGGCUACGUUUCCACUGAAAGGAAGAGGGAAGGGUAGGAAGGGGGUGAAGAUUUUUUAUAAUGGAACCGCGACCGCGCGCGGGGAUGGCGCGGCGCGACGCGAGGGGGGUAGGCUUAAUUAAACGAAUCGACCAGACACAAUGGGAAAGUAAUUAUUUGCCAACGACUUUCCGUUCGGAGGCGUUCAUCAGGCUUUUUCGUUCAUGUCAACAAUUAUCGCCAUUCGAAUAAUCGCCCCUGCAUUAAUUUUUGAUUGC